AUGUACGACGCGGUGAAAGCGGAGAUGCGUGCCGCGAGGGCCCAGCGCCUCUUCGACAGUACCGAGCAGUACAUCGAGGUGCACAAGGCGUUGAUGAAGCGGGUGCGGCCGCUCUGGCCGCUGCCUGAAGGCUCAGACCGCGUGCGGCGGGAGAUGGAGCAGGAGCUGAAACGGGCGCGAGGGGAGCGCUGA